AUGACUGCGAAACCGGCGGCCGGAAAGACCAUCUGGCCUUGUAUCUGGGGUUUCGUUCCAGAGCACCCGAUUGUGAUCCGAGGCAUACGUGGGAAGUUCCUUGGAGACCGCGAAGGUGGCCUCCCUGACGAAAGACCGCUGGAACGCUUGAAAGUCGAUUGCCGAAGCACCCAAGACGCUCCAGAUGGAGCCCAGGGUAUCCGCAACGGCGAGGGCAUGGUUCUGGCCACGAGCCAGCGUUCCGGAGUAUGGGGCAAACGAGCCGACGCAUUCCUCGAUGGUGAGGCUUGCCGGGCCUUUCAAAGCAGCAUGCGGCCCUACCUGCAGCGCCAAUCCUGGAAAUCCGGCGUCGGCGAUGGCCGCUUCAGGGCCUGGGAAAAGAGCACGGGCUGGAGCAUGUUGUCUCGCCGGUAG